CGAAGUUCUGAACUCUUCAACCACGACAGUUGCGCCUAGUCCUCACCAAAAGACCCUCAAGAUCUCUUGGAAGACGGUUAUUCAAAAUGUCUAAGAUCACCGUCGCCGGCGUGCGCACCAACGUGCAGGAGCUCCUCCGUUACUCCAACGAGGAGAAGAAGAGGAACUUCCUCGAGACCGUCGAGCUCCAGAUCGGCCUCAAGAACUAUGACCCCCAGCGUGACAAGCGUUUCAGCGGUACCGUCAAGCUGCCCAAGGUCCCCCGCCCCAACAUGGCCAUCUGCAUUCUUGGUGACCAGCACGACAUUGACCGUGCCAAGCACGGUGGUGUUGACGCCAUGUCCGCCGACGACUUGAAGAAGCUGAACAAGAACAAGAAGCUCAUCAAGAAGCUCGCCCACAAGUACGACGCCUUCGUCGCCUCCGACACCCUGAUCAAGCAGAUCCCCCGUCUCUUGGGUCCCGGUCUUUCCAAGGCGGGCAAGUUCCCCACCCCCGUCUCCCACAGCGAGGAUCUGUCCGCCAAGAUCACCGAGGUCAAGUCCACCAUCAAGUUCCAGCUGAAGAAGGUUCUUUGCAUGGGUGUCGCUGUCGGCAACGUCGACAUGACCGAGGACGAGCUGAUUGGCAACAUCAUGCUUUCCAUCAACUACCUCGUCUCCCUGCUUAAGAAGGGCUGGCAGAACGUUGGAAGCCUUACCAUCAAGGCUUCCAUGUCUCCUCCCCGCCGUCUGUACUAGAGUGCUAGGGCGCUUGUUGGAUGUGGUCUGUGGGCUUUGUAUUGCUGCUUAGCCAUUAACUUGGUAGCGCGGCAUGCAUCUUGAAAAUAGCAAAUGGAUACGCAGUCAAC